CAAGCGUUGUUGGUUUGUUUGUUCAUUUGUGCCGCGAGUUUUCUUUUUCAGCAAACUGUUAGCUAACUGCUUGAAACAUGUGUUUACGAAUUGCUUCUCGUUUAGUCUGUCACACCUUGACUUUGUGAGGAUUUUCCAACAUCGUUACCUCACUAAAUGCAGCCGCUGUGAUAAUCCUGUUUUGUUCAACUGGCUGGUAAAACGCUUCUCCGCUAGAAAAUGUCUGUCGAUAAGGACGAGACACACCAGAGGUUAAAGGCAGCAAUCCAUUACACCGUGGGUCGCAUAUGCCAGCAGAUGGGAGAGGAUCACCACAGAGAGUUCAGUCGACAAGUCAUAGCUGCAAUAGCCGAGACAACAGUCAGACAGUGUGAUAUAUUUGCUAAAGAUCUGGAGGCCUUUGCAAGGCAUGCUAAAAGAAGCACAGUAUCCCCAGAGGAUGUAAAGUUAGCAGCCCGCCGCAGUACUGCAUUGUCCAUCUACAUACAAAAUAAAAGUGAGGAACUGAACCAGGAGCAGAGGGAUUUGAAGAAGAAAAAUACUGGGAAGAGGAAGAGCAGAGAUACUGAAGAGGAAAGCAGAGAAUAAAGAAAUAAAGACAAGACACAGGCAUACCUGCAGUGUCUCACUUGUGUCCAACAUUCAAAUAAACAUGAAGACUAAUACAUGA